AUGCAUCUAUCUCGACCGGACGCGGCAUUCCUGCUCGGCCUCCUUUUUGCCGCACCGGCCGCGGUGUCGGCAGCAGCGCUCAACUGCGAACAUAUCCGCGUCGACGGCGUUGACUUCAACCUCAAACCACUCGGAGGCCCUCACAGCGUCGUGACCAGCCAGUGGCACCCUCCCACGUUUACGAACACAUCCUACACGGUCGACAUCUGCCAGCCCUUGAAGCGCAAGAGCGACGUCAAGAAGGAGGAGCAAUGCCCCAAUGGCACGAGAGUCUGUGCGAUCCAGCGCACCGUCCAUCCGGGCAACGACAACGAAAAGGAAAAGGACGAAGUUGAGAAGGUGAUACCCAUUUCCGGCGACCUCCAGGACCGCGGCGGCAAGCCCCUCGACGCCAAGAUCGAGCGCCUCAAGUCCAGCAACUCCAACUCGGACGCGAAGAAGGAGGGCGUCAGACUCAUCCUGAACGGCGGCUCGUACCCGCUGAGCAAGAGCGGUAGGAACCAGCAGGCGAUCAUCGAGUUUAUCUGCGACCGCGAGAAGACGGGCCUCGAGGGCGAGGUCAAGGCCGAGGACGAGUACGACGGCUCGUCAGUCCUUCGCGCGCGUGACGAGAAGGAUGACAAGGACGGCGACAAGGAUGGGGACGACGGGCCCUCGCCUGACGAGAAGCAGAUCGUGAAGCCCGAUACCCCGCCCGCGCUGCUCUGGAACAGCUACGGUCCUUCUGAGAAGGGAGACAUCGAUGUCCUCAGGAUGACCUGGCACACCAAGUACGCCUGCGAGGAUGCGUUUGGCAAGCCCGCGGAUCCUAAGGAUCCUAGUGAUCCUGGAAACGGUGACACCAGCAGCCACUGGGGCUUCUUCACUUGGUUUGUCGUCUUGGCGUUCCUCGGCAUUGCCGCCUACCUUAUCUUCGGCUCCUGGCUUAACUACAACCGUUACGGCGCUCGCGGCUGGGACCUUCUUCCUCACGGCGAUACCAUUAGAGAUAUUCCGUACCUGGUGAAGGACUGGACUCGUAGCGUGCUCACCACGGUGAACGGAAGCGGUAGCCGUGGCGGUUACAGCGCCGUCUAG